UGUUCACUUCAGUCUUCACUGUCUCCAGUUGGAUUUUUACGGUGCUUCCGGUUCCUCCGAACUCGAAAGUACGCACUCACACACUAUAUAUAUAUAUAUACAUAUCUGUGGCUGCGUGCUCGGAUCUGGUCUACAGAUCUUCAAUUCGGAGUCGACCGUCUUUCGUGAUUGUUGACUGUGAACAGUACGGAUGGAGUCGUACGGGAGAAAUUCGCCCGCGAUUCGGUUGGGGGUAUGCCUUAUGCUCGUCUUCUUCAUCGGCGUCGCUCACUCUUUCUAUUUGCCUGGCGUAGCUCCCAAGGAUUUCGACAAGGGUGAUCCGCUCAAGGUGAAAGUGAACAAGCUGACAUCAGUUAAAACUCAACUUCCGUACUCCUACUAUACACUUCCUUACUGUAAACCCAAGACUAUUGUUGACAGUGCUGAGAAUCUUGGGGAAGUUCUUCGUGGUGAUCGCAUUGAGAACUCUCCUUAUGAGUUUAAUAUGCGACAACCCCAGAUGUGUAAUAUUGUUUGCAAUAUUACACUUACCUCUAAGGAAGCCAAAGAAUUCAAAGAGAAGAUUGAAGAUGCAUAUAGAGUGAAUAUGAUUUUGGAUAAUCUCCCUCUGGUCAUGCCUUAUAAAAGACGUGACAUGGAUGCUGUGGCUUAUCAGCAUGGUUUUGAUGUUGGGUUCAAAGGACAGUACGCUGGUAAACCUGAGGAGAAGUACUUUAUCAACAAUCACCUGACAUUCAUUGUGAAAUAUCAUAAGGAUCAAGAAGCAGAUACUGCUAGAAUUGUCGGGUUUGAAGUGAAACCAUACAGUGUUAAGCAUGAGUAUGAUGGUAAAUGGAAUGAUAAGUCACGCUUAACAUCAUGCGACCCUCAUGCUAAGCGUACUGUGACGAGCUCCGACUCCCCCCAGGAAGUUGACGAUAAGAUGGAAAUUAUCUUCACAUAUGAUGUGGAGUUUCAUGAUAGUGAAGUAAAGUGGGCAUCUAGAUGGGAUACUUAUCUUUACAUGGCUGACGAUCAAAUCCAUUGGUUCUCAAUUGUCAAUUCUUUGAUGAUUGUUCUUUUCCUCUCUGGAAUGGUGGCGAUGAUAAUGUUGAGGACUCUUUACCGAGACAUUUCCAAGUACAACCAAUUGGAGACACAAGAAGAAGCUCAGGAAGAAACCGGGUGGAAAUUAGUUCAUGGAGAUGUUUUCCGGCCUCCACAGAAAUCAGAUUUGCUUUGCGUUUCCAUCGGAACUGGUGUUCAGUGUUUCGGAAUGGUACUGGUUACUAUGAUCUUUGCUGCCCUUGGUUUCUUGUCCCCUUCAAAUCGUGGAGGACUAAUGACAGCUAUGCUUGUGCUGUGGGUAUUUAUGGGCCUAUUUGCUGGAUACACCACGGCUCGGUUCUACAAGAUGUUCAAAGGAACAGAAUGGAAGAAAAUUACCCUUCAGACAGCUUUUAUGUUCCCUGGAAUUGUCUUUGCCAUUUUCUUCGUUUUGAACGCCCUGAUAUGGGGUGAGGAAUCAUCAGGAGCUGUGCCAUUUGGGACCAUGUUCGCGUUAGUCCUCUUGUGGUUUGGGAUUUCAGUUCCGCUCGUUUUUGUAGGCAGCUAUGUGGGGUUUAGGAGGCCGGUCAUAGAGGAUCCGGUAAAGACCAAUAAAAUCCCGAGACAGAUACCUGAGCAGACCUGGUACAUGAAUCCCAUCUUCUCCAUCUUAAUUGGCGGCAUACUCCCCUUCGGAGCAGUGUUCAUUGAACUGUUCUUCAUCUUGACAUCGAUAUGGUUGCAUCAGUUCUACUACAUAUUUGGCUUCCUUUUCCUCGUGUUCAUCAUCCUGAUCGUGACAUGCGCAGAGAUCUCCGUAGUCCUUUGCUACUUCCAGCUUUGCAGUGAGGACUACUUGUGGUGGUGGAGAUCAUAUCUGACCUCAGGCUCGUCGGCACUGUACCUUUUCCUCUACGCAGCUUUCUACUUCUUCACAAAGCUGAGUAUCACGAAAUUGGUGUCGGGUAUUCUCUACUUUGGGUAUAUGCUGAUCGUUUCUUUCGCUUUCUUCGUGCUGACCGGUGCAAUUGGGUUUUUCGCCUGUUUCUGGUUCACAAGGCUUAUCUACUCAUCUGUUAAGAUUGACUAGGAUAUCGACAACAGCUACCGAGGCCCAAGUACACUUACAGGUUCCGAAGGAAGCAUAUGGUACCACCCUAGUAGUUUGCCUAGCUCUUUAAUUUCUUUUGGUCUAAGUGUGAAUUAAUUCCUUGAUAAUAUAUACUUGUUUGGGAA